UUAGCUUUGGGGGUUUUCAAGAAAGAAAGAGAAAAACAAUUUGGCGUCCUCUUUGUGUAGGUUCCUUUUGAUUCAUCUGUUUCUCUGUUUCUGGGUUUUCCCAAUUUUUGGUCUCUGUUUCUGAGAUUUUUUGUUUUUUGUUUGUUUUCUUUUUCGUUUUGGGUGUUAGUAGCUUCAUUCUCACGCUUGCACACUUCUUCAAAUCCCUUUCCCUUUCCCUUUCCCUUUAGGCUUUAGGUGUCCCCAACUUUUCUGAUAAAUUUCUCGUCCUUUAAUGGCUUUUUUAAGACGGGUUUUUAUAUCUCAUUAAUGCUGGGUUUCACUCCGUUUCAGGGCUUUCUUUUUCCAUCUUUAUAUCUUCUUCUCUCUGUCUAAUCUUUCAAGUACUCCAUUCCCUUUUAAUCUCUCCCCUGUUUUUUCUCUGUUUUUUCUCUGUUUCAUCUUCUUCCUUUGCUUUCAAUGAGAAUCUGAUUCUUUGAGCUCUGUAAUGAGUAUGGAUUUCGACUCUGUUUUUGACCUCCCUGUUAAGUUCACCGAGCAUCGUAACCAUGUUAAGCUCUCUUCAAUGCCGGAAAUUACGCCGAGAGUUGUACGAAUUUCGUUUACCGACGGUGACGCCACUGAUUCCUCCAGUGAUGAUGAGAACGAAAUGUUUGGUCGCCGCAGAGUGAAGAAGUUUGUUAAUGAGAUUACGAUUGAGCCGUCUUGUUCUGGAGAAGGAAAUGGAAUCUGGGGUGUGAAUAGAUCGGCGAGAAAUGGCCGGAGACGGUCGUCCGGGAAAUGUGGGGUCCCGUCCAGGAGUCGUCGGUCGGUGAAGAUGCCGGAUGGGAAGAAGUUCCGCGGUGUGAGACAAAGACCGUGGGGAAAAUGGGCUGCCGAAAUCAGAGACCCACUGCGGCGCGUACGGGUGUGGCUAGGAACUUAUGACACGGCAGAGGAAGCUGCCAUGGUUUACGACAACGCCGCCAUUCAACUCCGGGGUCCUGAUGCACUGACCAAUUUCACUACCCAAUCGCCCAAAAAAUGCUCCGCCUACGACUCCGGCGAAGAGUCGAACAACAACAUUUGCUCUCCGACCUCAGUCCUCCGGUGUCCAUCGCCUCCAAACGAAGAGGCCCAAUCUCAACUCCCCGGCGAGCCAGACAACUCGUCCGUAUCGGAAAAUUUCUCGUCGGAGUUCUCAGACUUCUCGAGCUACUCCGACACCUUCAUUCCGGACGACAUUUUCGCCUUCGAAUCUUCAAUUCCGACAUUGUUAGACGACGAGAUAGGCCUACAUCACCAAACCAACUUCUUCGGCGAUGACAGUUUCUUCAACGGCGUGUUUCACAGUCCCAUCGAAGAAACCGGGUUCGGGUUCGGGUUCGAGUACCCUACUCCCCCUACAGACGACUUCUUCCAAGACUUCAGCGACGUGUUCGGUUCGGAUCCUCUCGUUGCCCUUUAAAGCUUCCCCGUCGCCGUCCAUGCCAUUUGUCGGCGAAGAUUUUGCUCCGGCCAUGAGUAUCGAAGUUUUAUUUUAUUUUAAUAUUGUUUUAAAUUUAAUUUUGUAAUUUUUCAAGCAUUAGUAUUAAAUAUGAACAAGAGAAGGUCUCCGUCACGUUAACGGUGAUGGACGAGUUUGUCUA